UAUACGAAAUUUAAUCACUUCUCGAGAUAGUCUCCCAAAAGCAAGUAUAAGUAUACAUUGCCGAAAGAUUCGCCGAGCAGAAUGGUCGUCAUGAACACUGGAGUCAUUUUCUUGGUCCUGGCACUUCUGGUCUCCAUAGACGAAGCCAGGUUCAUCAACAGCAGGAUCAUCGGAGGAAGCGUCGCCCAAGAUGGUGCCUAUCCAUAUCAAGUGUCGAUUCGUGUCAAUGGGCGCCACGUUUGCGGGGGUUCCCUUCUCAAUCAAAAAUGGAUUUUGACGGCAGCACAUUGUUUAGUAAAGCACAAUGCCAAUGCCAUGUCAAUAGUUGUCGGUAGCAACGACUUGUCAACGGGAGGAACUGAAUACAAGACGAAAAGGUACAUCCCCCAUCCGGACUAUGUACGUGGUGUUCGCAUCGACGACAUAGGGCUGCUCGAAGUCAAUCAAUUGAUCGAUUAUUCGGCCAACGUGGCGCCUGUCGAUCUCCCGUUUGCAGACUUCAAUGAGAGUGACCAGAUCGCCGUUUUCACGGGCUGGGGGUACACCGAGGUUUCCGGACCGAAUCCCAAUGAACUGCAAGUAAUCGAAUUACGAUUAAUCGGCCUGGAAGAAUGCCGAUCGACUUUCUCCUCGGUUUUGCCGUCUCAUUUAUGUACCCUGACAACCACCGGGGAAGGCCUCUGUUAUGGCGACUCUGGCAGUCCUUUGGUACGCGAUGGCGUCCAAAUUGCGGUUGGUUCAUGGGGAUCCCCCUGUGCAAAAGGAUACCCGGACGUCCAUACUCGGGUCUACAAUUACGUCGAGUGGAUAAAAAAUAUCAUCCAAGACUGACCUUGGCAUUGCUUAAAGUAAAUUACUGCAUAUACAUACUCAUAGAAAGAUAAAGACUGGAGAAUUGUUCCCGUCCGCAGCAUGAGCUCAUUAAAGUCACCAUUUCAUUCAUAUUUUAUAUACUUAAUAUAUACUUUGUCUAUAAUUAAUUUUUCGUCAGAUCUCUCCGCUAUUUUUCAGAAAAUCGCGCGACCUAGUAGCUAUAAUGGGUACCUCUAAUUGCGGGUAGAAAAACAAAUGGUACAUACAUGCAGUCGGAAUUUCGCGGGUCCUCUCUUCGGAUAUGUGGAGUGAAUCCAAGUUCAGAAACCGAAGGAACCCAUUUUACCGACCGAACAGGUGAGAGCAGAUAGAAAGUCGCUCGUCCGACAGAUGUCACUAAACGCUACCGAAUCGAAUCCUUAUUAGAAGAUGCCUCAGCUUCACAUACUCAUUUUGAACAAUCCUCUGUUCUAAAAGAAUAAAAAUGACUCAUUAGAAUCCAUAGCAACAUAACUUAUACCGACGGUCUGUGAAAAUAUCGAGGCGAAUCACUGACACUGACACAGACGUAUACAAAUACGAACACAGAGGACGUAUAAACAUCUCCAUAUAAAUAAAAAAAGAACAAUAUUUCUAUCAAUUUGCAGAUACCUUAAUUUCUAAUAAUUCUAGAAAAUACUUACAAGAAUUUAUCAAAUUUGUUGAACGACGAGAUUUCAUUGUGAGGUAUUAGUACCUACAUGUGUAUGUAUGGAUGUGUAGAUGUAUGUACUUUAAGGGUGCACUGCAAACGGAAGUCCCGCCAUUGUCUCGCUCCGUAAAAGUGUCCCACGACCUGAAGUCACGGAACUCCGCCAUGAUGUCCAUGGAUAUCCUUUUCUCCAGAUAUUUAAUUCCCAGGUCACGUCCCAUCCUCCAAAAACAACGACCCUGCCUGACCAUCCUUCUCUAUGCUCUCAGCAUAACCGAUGCCCAUCAUCUAAGAUAACCAGGCAACUCAUUCAUCGAGACACGAAUAGCUUGUCCAGAAAAGUCUCUACCUCUAAAAGUAUAGUUUAUU